CCGCCGCUGGCCCGUUACUGGCCGGCUUGGCUCUCUCUGGCGCCCGCCGAGACACCUUCGGGAGGCACUUGCCGCCGAGUCCCCGUGUGGUAGGAGGACCUGCCUCCCGGCUUUCCCUUCUGCAUCAUGAGCGUGCGCCUUUCGCUCGUCCUGCGCCAGUCCUGCCGCCUGCCGCGGCCGCCCGGCCCGCCGCGCCACCUCCGGGUGCCCAUUCGCGCCAGCGGCGGCGGCGGUGGCGGCGGCGCCUGCUGGGAAGGUCUGCGCGGGCAGCGGCGGCAGCAGGAUGGCCAGGCCCGGAGCAGCUGCGGCCCCGGCCACCCGGCGCCCCCAGCGCGGGACUCCAUCGUCAAAGAAGUCAUUCAAAAUUCAAAAGAAGUGCUGAAUUUAUUGCAAGAAAAAAACCCUACCUUUCAGCCGGUUCUGGUUAUCAUUCAGACAGGAGAUGACAACUUGAUGCAGGAAGUCAACCAGAAUUUGGCUGAGGAGGCUGGUCUGAACAUCAGUCACAUCUGCCUUCCUCCAGACAGCAGCGAGGAUGAGAUUAUAGAUGAAAUCUUGAAGAUUAAUGAAGACAACAGAGUACAUGGCCUUGCCCUUCAGAUCUCUGAGGACUUAUUUAGCAACAAAAUCCUCAAUGCCUUAAAACCAGAGAAAGAUGUAGAUGGAGUGACUGAUAUCAACCUGGGGAAGCUGGUACGUGGGGAUGCCCAUGAAUGUUUCGUCUCACCUGUUGCCAGAGCUGUGAUUGAACUUCUUGGAAAAUCAGGUGUCAGCUUAGAUGGAAAGAAGGUCUUGGUGAUAGGGGCUCAUGGAUCUUUGGAGGCUGCACUUCAAUGCCUGUUCCAGAGAAAAGGGUCCAUGACAAUGAUCUCCCAGUGGAAGACACCCCAGCUUCAAAGCAAGCUUCAAGAGGCUGACAUUGUGGUCUUGGGCUCACCCAAGCCAGAAGAGAUUCCACUGUCUUGGAUCCAGCCAGGAACCACUGUUCUCAACUGCUUCCACGACUUCCUGUCAGGUGAAGGUCCCAGCGUUGGUGGGGACCCUGGGAAGCUUAGAUGUAGUUCUCCAGAGGUACAUGUUAAUGGGCUCAUUGCAGAAGAUGAUGUGGGUCUGCUCGCUGCAGCUCUGCGGAUUCAGAACAUGGUCAGCAGUGGAAGGAGGUGGCUUCGCGAGCAGCAGCACCGGAGGUGGAGGCUCCACUGCUUGAAGCUGCAGCCGUUGUCCCCUGUUCCAAGUGAUAUCGAGAUUUCAAGAGGACAGACUCCAAAAGCUGUGGAUGUCCUUGCCAAGGAGAUAGGAUUGCUUGCAGAUGAAAUUGAGAUCUAUGGCAAAAGCAAAGCCAAAGUACGUUUGUCCCUGCUGGAAAGGCUGAGGGAUCAAGCAGAUGGAAAAUACGUCUUGGUUGCUGGGAUCACGCCCACCCCUCUUGGAGAAGGGAAGAGCACAGUCACCAUCGGGCUGGUGCAGGCGCUGACCGCCCACCUGCACGUCAACUCCUUUGCCUGUCUGAGGCAGCCUUCCCAAGGGCCGACUUUUGGAGUGAAAGGAGGAGCUGCAGGUGGCGGAUACGCACAGGUCAUCCCCAUGGAGGAGUUCAACCUGCACUUAACUGGGGACAUCCACGCCAUUACUGCUGCCAAUAACUUGCUGGCCGCUGCCAUCGACACAAGGAUUUUGCAUGAAAACACUCAGACCGAUAAGGCUCUUUAUAACCGUCUGGUCCCUUCAGUGAAUGGUGUCAGAGAAUUUUCAGAAAUUCAACUUGCUCGGCUGAAGAAACUGGGGAUAAAUAAGACUGACCCAGGCACACUGACGGAAGAGGAAGUGAGUAAAUUCGCCCGUCUCAACAUCGACCCCAGUACCAUCACGUGGCAGAGAGUAUUGGAUACCAAUGACCGAUUUCUGCGAAAAAUAACCAUUGGGCAGGCCAGCACGGAGAAGGGAUAUUCCCGGCAGGCGCAGUUUGACAUUGCGGUGGCCAGUGARAUCAUGGCAGUGCUGGCCCUGACUGACAGCCUUAAGGACAUGAAGGAGCGGCUGGGGAGAAUGGUGGUGGCCAGUGACAAAAACGGGCAGCCCGUAACAGCAGACGACUUGGGGGUGACAGGUGCUUUGACAGUUUUGAUGAAAGAUGCGAUAAAACCAAAUCUGAUGCAGACCCUGGAAGGGACACCUGUGUUUGUGCAUGCCGGCCCCUUUGCUAACAUCGCCCACGGCAACUCUUCAGUGUUAGCUGACAAAAUUGCCCUGAAACUGGUUGGUGAAGAAGGAUUCGUAGUGACUGAAGCUGGCUUUGGGGCUGAUAUUGGGAUGGAGAAAUUCUUCAACAUCAAAUGCCGAGCUUCUGGCCUGGUGCCCAAUGUGGUGGUGCUGGUGGCCACCGUGCGAGCUCUGAAGAUGCACGGAGGCGGACCGAACGUAACUGCUGGUGUCCCUCUAAAGAAAGAAUAUACAGAGGAGAACAUCCAGCUAGUGGCCGACGGCUGCUGUAACCUCCAGAAGCAAAUUCAGAUUGCUCAGCUCUUUGGGGUGCCUGUCGUGGUGGCACUGAAUGUCUUCAAGACCGACACCCGCGCCGAGAUUGACUUGGUGUGUGAGCUGGCCAAGCGGGCUGGCGCCUUUGAUGCAGUCCCCUGCUAUCACUGGUCGGUUGGUGGAAAAGGGUCGGUGGACCUGGCUCGGGCCGUGAGAGAAGCUGCGAAUAAAGGAAGCCAUUUCCAGUUCCUGUAUGACGUUCAGCUUCCAAUCGUGCAAAAGAUAAGAACCAUUGCCCAGGCCGUGUAUGGAGCCAAGGAUAUCGAACUCUCUCCUGAGGCACAAUCCAAAAUAGAUCGUUACACUCAACAGGGUUUUGGGAAUUUGCCCAUCUGCAUGGCCAAGACCCACCUUUCUCUGUCUCACCAACCUGAAAAGAAAGGCGUGCCAAGGGAUUUCAUUCUGCCUAUCAGCGACGUCCGGGCCAGCAUAGGUGCUGGGUUUAUUUACCCUUUGGUGGGAACGAUGAGCACGAUGCCAGGGCUUCCCACUCGGCCCUGCUUUUAUGACAUAGACCUGGACACRGAAACAGAGCAAGUGAAAGGUUUGUUCUAACGGCAGGGGACCUCCCAGGGCCACUCCAGGUUCCUCAAACAAGACUCAUUGCCUUUUUGCUGCAGUUGGAGAAAAAAGUAAAUUUGAGWUAUGCCUGUUACGCAAUGUCGGGGAAAUGAUGAAAUAGGCCAAAGACUUCUCCGGUCAUGACGAAUUCUGUUUGCAGCAGAGGACCUCCAGCAAGUCUGAAAGAAACGAAUUUACUUUCUGCUUCUGCAGAGUUUACAUUAUUUUYCGCUGCUUAUACUUAGAGUGUUUAUUUUAUGAGGACUAAGGGAUGGCAAGAGUGUGAACUGAAAGGUACAUUUUCCACUACAGAGUUUCUUAUUUUGUCCCC